GGCUGAUGGAACAAGAAGUCCCCAAGGGAUGACUGCAGGACACACCUUUUAGAAGUCUGGCACCCUAUGCCCUGCGGAGUAGAAAGUACGUCUGGCUGGUUGGCCUGGGUAGGGAAGCUUGCGCUGACCGUGGGCUUGUUGGGAGGAGAGCAGAGGUGGUGUAGCAGCACCAAGAGUCCAGGCUCAGCGCUUGGAAGGAACAGAUCUUUGUUUAUUUUGUGUCCUCAGUGUCCAGUCCGGGGACACAGAAUGCAGAGACAGUUACAAAGCCUUUGCCAGUGCACCUGCCCCGCUGAGCACCGCAGCAAGGCCCCGAAAGGAAGGAGGGGGAUUCUAUUCCGUCUUAUUUAGAGGAUGGAUGAGCUGUGGAGAGCUGAGGACACUCAGUGUCACGAGUGGCUUCCAAAGAACCAGCAAGACUGUGUUUGGCUCGCGUGGGAACUUUUCAUCCUACUGAGGCCCCUGGUCCAAGGUCUCAGGACCCCUGGAACCAAGGUGCACCUCCUGACUAGCUUUCCUCACAUCUGCCCGUGGAGGCCCCUAGAAGGUGUUUGCUAGAACUCAGAUUUCCAGGGCCCCCCCGAGAUAGGCAGGAUGAAUAUUUCUGGGGCCAGGCCUGGGAAUCUGUACUUCCCCCAGACUCCCCAGGUGACCUUGCCUGAGGCUCCACGGUUUGUGACUGCGUCGGCUCUUUCUCUUGCAAAGUUGCUGGGUAAAGGGAAAUUUGUUCAGCGUGUCGGUGGCUUGGCCCGGGGAUGAGCACACAGAUGCCUGAGUCAGACCUGGGUUCACAUAUUGGCUGUGGCCUUGCACGAGGCUCCCGUCAAAUGGCGUUUCAUGGCUGUGCCUGCCUCACAGGCGGGUGAAAGAGGACAUGAGGCUGCCAGGACAGGGCCCAGCAUCUGUGCAAAUCAUACCAGCAAGUACGUUAAAAACAUGCCUCUCUGGAGCGAGGGCACUUCCUUCGGGGGCCUCGGAGGACGGACCGAGUGUUCCUGAACCAGCAGCUUCCUGCCGAAGCAGGAGGAAAGGUGCGGCCCAGCCAGCAAGAGAAAGGCAGCUGGUGGCACACAACGCCGUGUCCUCGUGCCCUGCUUCACCAGCCUGGCACCGUGUGACUUCUGGCUCAUCCCCCGAGUUGAAAUGCUUGAGAAGGGUAAACUCUGGGUGGACAUCGAUGCUGGAAAUCGAGGCGGCCCCGACAGCACGGCCAAAGAUCACGCCGCCUAUUGGCAGCUUUGAGCCAACGACCCAACGAGUGAAUGGACAAAGUAGCAAACGGGCCGCCAGGACACGAGACUCACCGGUGAUCCCCAGUGCCCGUGUCCCCAGGGAGAGCGCAGAACAGGACGGCGCUGCUGAUGGACACACAAGCUCGGCAGAGAUGAGCUGUCUUUCCUCCUCUGGGGCCUCGCACUCUGCAGCGCAGACAGAGGAGAGUUUGCGUUCCAUGUUUCCCCAAGUGCAGGACAACCGAGUUCACCCUGGGAAGGAAAAGACAGUGCCGAGCCCACAGGGCUGCGUCAGCUCCUCCAUCUCGCCUGUUUCCAGAACAUCGCUGUCACAUGCUGUGUCUCCAGCAGGCGCUCUGGGAAAGCCACCAAGCCUGAGGAGGGCCAGUCUCCAAGAGCCACAGUCAACAGGAAAAGCAAAGCCUCUGGGAGGCUGAAGCAGGAGGAUCGUUCGUUCGAGCUUUGCCUGGGCACCUUAGUGAGACAAUGUGUAAAUUGAAAAGAGGGGUGCUGAGAGCAAGUUCAGUGGGAAGGUUCUGGAUUCAAUCCCCAGAACCAAAAUAAAAUAAAAGAGGAAAAGUAGAUCA